UACAAAAGUAAUACUUAGGGAGUUUUCACCGGUGGUAGAAACUGUUGAUAGAGACAGUAAAGAAGAUGAGAUUUAAAAGCUGUUUUUUCAUCCUAGUUACGAUGUGUUCAAGCAAACUCUUUGCAGAAGGUAAACCUUGUGACUUGCCACAUAUAGAAAAUGGGAAGAUUGCCCAGUACUAUUACAGUUUCAAAAGUUAUUAUUUCCCUAUGCGCAAAGACAAAAAGCUUUCCUAUUCCUGUAUGGUGGGUUAUACAACUGAAACCGGGACUCAAGAUGGGAAAAUAACUUGUACAGCCAAAGGAUGGUCUCCAGUGCCACGAUGCUACAGAAAAUGCAGCAAGCCUCUUUUGGAAAAUGGCUUUUUUUAUGGCACAGAAAUGUACUUCAAAAUCCAUGAGAAAUUGCAAUACAAAUGUAAUCCAGGCUAUCAUACUCCAAGUGGUGGUACUGAAGAUACAGUACAGUGUCAGCCAGAAGGAUGGUCCUUCCAGCCAAGCUGUACUGAAAAAUUCGAGUCAUGUCAAGUGCCAAAUUUACGUCACGGCCGCUACUUCACAGCCCAGAAGGAGCUUCGAGUGAACGAAACGCUGUUGUACCGGUGCGAUGAGGGCUAUCGUACGGCGGGAGGGAGCGCUACAGAGGCAGCAGUGUGUCUGACAUAUGGGUGGGCCCUUACUCCAAACUGCACCAGAAUAACUUGCUCCUCUUUGAGUGCGGUAGCUCAUGGAGGUUUCUAUCCUGUGAAGAAAAUCUAUGAAGAGGGAGAUGUAGUUCACUUCUUCUGUGACAAACAUUAUUCUGUCACAGAAUUUGACUUAAUUCAAUGUUAUUAUUUCGGGUGGCAUCCAGACCCUCCUGUGUGUGAAGAUGUAAAAAAUAAAUGUCCUCCACCCCCACUUCCUCCUCAUGGCCAUAUCACCACAGUUAGGGGAACAUAUCAUAAUGGAGACAAAGUUCGUAUACAGUGCCAACGGACCUUUGAAAUAAGAGGAUCUGAGGAAAUCCAGUGUGAAGAAGGAAAAUGGACACCACCCCCUAUUUGUAUUGGAACUGUAGAUAAACAGGAGUCUGAGGCCCCACCAUUACUGAAGUCAGAUGCAGCAAUAAGGGCAAACAAAACAUAUGGCAAUGAAGAAAUGAAAAUGCAGCAAGACUGUACCUCUCCACCUGUGAUUAAAAAUGGUGCUGUUCUUGGUCCAUUAUUGGCAAGUUACAAAAAUGGUUCCUCAGUAGAAUAUGGUUGUCAGCGUUACCACUUUUUGGAUGGACCUAGGACUGUUUACUGUGAUCAAGGAAACUGGACAGAACAACCAAAUUGCUUAGAACCAUGCACUCUUAAUGUAACUGAUAUGGACAGCAACAACAUAGGGUUGAAAUGGAGACAGGAAGAGUUAAUUUUCCUGCAUGGAGAUCUCAUAGAGUUUGAAUGUAAACAGGGAUAUAAUUUUCUCCACUCUACCAUUCCGUCUCCUGGGAGGACACAGUGUGACCAUGGCAGACUGAAAUAUCCAAAAUGUAUUAUGCAAGCUCCUACAGAAAAAUGUGACUCUCCACCAUCUAUUGCAAAUGGAGCUCUUACUCUCCCUCCACUGACCCAGUAUGACAGUGGUUCUUCAGUUCAGUAUAGUUGCUCUGACUAUCAUUUUUUGGAAGGAUCAGAGACAAUCUACUGUUCCGAAGGGCAGUGGACUUUGCCACCAGUUUGUAUAGGGCCAUGUACUUUGUCAAAAAAUGAAAUGGAGAAAAAUAAUGUGCUGCUGCAAGGCUUCUAUGCAAAUCAGGUUUACUUUUACCACGGGGAUUAUGUUGGAUUUUACUGUAAACAGAACCAUUUUGGAGCAGAAUCCGGUACAACUUUAUUUCAAGUACAGUGUAAGAGAGGACAGCUGACAUAUCCGAGGUGUGUUGAAAGAGGAAAAUAAGUCUGGACUCCAGGAAAGCCUAUAGGAAAGUUAAGUUCUCAUUUCUGUGGUACAUAACUAAGGAAUCUGACUUUGGUCUUGGUAUAAAUCCAUGGAUCAGGGCAAUUCCUGUAACAGUCCAAGUUUUGAGUGUUGGAUGUGCUGCUUCAGACUGGCCUGUUUUAACCAAGGUAAGCUUGUGUCCCAGGGAAGUUUCAACAACUUACAUUGGCUUUAAAAUAUUUCAUGUAAUGAAGUUGGUGGGCCUGAUGCCCAGACUCCUUUCCUUUGAGAAGCUCUGGAUGAAGCAUAAGAAUAUUUGCUAAAUGUAAAAAUACCCUUCUCUUUAAAGAGCAAACUGGGGAAAAGGGAGGGAGAGGGAUUCAAAGUCAGUUGCUGGAACAUCUUUUCGAAGCAGAAUUCGUUUACCCCCACCUGCCACUUCCUCUGAAUAGGCUGGAUGUGUGUCUGUUAGCAGAGGGCAGGAUGAGGCAGACUGCAGGCAUGAAGACAGCAUCUUGUUACUGAAGUUUGAGAAUGCUUCAAGUACUUGAGCUUCAUGCAGGGCUGACGUCACUAAAUCACCCCUUUUA